GCCGCCGCGCCGCACGCCCGGGCCCCAGCUGUCCAUUACCGGCCGCCGCAGGAGCCAGAGGUACGAGGGCCCGCGCCGAGGGUGCAGCGGACUGGGGUUCCAGGCCGGUCCUGCAGCUCCCGCUCCUGGGGUGCAGGCGCUGACAGCUGCACAGAGUUGGCCACAGGACUGGGGGAGCCCCCUUCCAUUCCAGGUGGGUGUCCACAUACCCUCCCCUGUGCCCACACUCUCGCCCACCACAAACCCACUCCAGCAGGAGCACCACAGCCUUCUGGGGUCAUGCCCGUGCAGAGUGUGAGCUGGCAGACGGGGAGCCAGGUGGGCAGCACAUGAGGGCAAAACAGGAAGAGUGUCUCUCUUCACCUUUGCUGUUUGAAAGUCAUUGUCCCAGGACCCAGAGACCCCCAACCCUCUGUGGCCAUCACUGGCUCUUUUCCCUUGAGUUGGGGGUGGGCCUCUAUCUAUUGAGCCCACAUGAGGUGCCUGUGGCCUGAGGCCACUGUUACCUGACCUUACCAUACCCUCUCAGCCACCAUGUUCUUUAUUCCUUUUUUUUUGAGAUGAGUUUCACUCUUGUUGCCCAGGCAGCAGUGCAGGGGUGCGAUCUCAGCUCACUGAAACCUCUGCCUCCCAGGUUUAAGCAGUCUUCUGCCUUACCCUCCCGAGUAGCUGGGAUUACAGGCAUUUGCCACCAUGCCCAACUAAUUUUGUAUUUUUAGUAGAGAGAGGGUUUCUCCAUGUUGGUCAGGUGGGUCUCGAACUCCUGACCUCGUGAUCCGCCCCCACUUGACCCCCCAAAGUGCUGGGAUUACAGGCAUGAGCCACCACACCUGGCCCACCUAAUGUAUUUAUUUAUUUUCUUUCUCUUUCACUUUCUUCCUUUCUUUCCUUUUUUUGACAGGAUCUUGCGCUGUUGCCCAAGCUGGUGUGCAGUGAUGAAUCAGUCUCCUGGGCUCAAACCAUCCUCCCACCUCAGCCUCCCGGGUAGCUGUGACUAUAAGCACAUGCUAAUUUUUAUAUUUCUUGAAGAAACGGGAUUUCACUAUGAUGCCCAGGCUGGUCUCGAAUUUCUGGGCUCAAGCGAUGCUCCUACCUUGGCCUUCCAAAAUGCUGGAAUUAUAGGAGGGAGCCACCAUGCCUGCUCUCUCUCUCUCUCUCUUUUAUUUUUUUGAGACAGAGUCUUGCUCUGCUGCCCACUGCAGUCUCCUGGCUCACGUAAUCCUCCCGCCUCAGCUUCCUGAGUAGUUGGAACUACCAUGCCAGGCUAAUUGUUUUAUUUUUAUUUUUUGUAGUGAUGUGGUCUCCCCAUGUAGCCCAGGCUGGUAUUGAACUCUUGGUCUCAAGAUUCUCCUACCUCAGCCUCCCAAAGUGCUAGGAUUAUAGGCAUGAGCCACCAUGCCCAGCCUCUGGCUUUUUUUAUUUUUUAUUUUAAUUUUUUUUGAGAUGCAGUCUCGCUUUGUUGCCCAGGCUGGAGUACAGUGGCGCGAUCUUGGCUCACUGCAACCUCCAUCUCCCAGGUUCAAGCGAUUCUCCUGCCUCAGCCUCCCAAGUAGCUGGGACUACAGGCGUGCACCACCAAACCUGGCUAAUUUUUGUAUUUUUAGUAGAGAUGGGGUUUCACCAUCUUGGCCAGGCUCGGCUCAAACUCCUGACCUCAAGUGAUCCACCAGCCUUGGCCUCCCAAAGUGCUGGGAUUACAUAGGCAUGAGCCACCACACCUGGCCUUGCUACUUGUUAUUUUUCAUCUUUAAGACAGUAAAACAAAACAAAACGAAAAAGACAGUAAAACACGUGAAAGUGAAGCAACAUGGGAACUUUCUUUCAAAGAGAAUUAACUCAGGACUCUUAUAACUCAGACCGAGGUUUCUAGAUGCCCUUUCCAUGGGCAUUGCGUUUGCCAGGCAAGAUGACCCUGUGAAGAGCAUUCCCUGCGACUUGCAUCUCUGGGAUCUCUGUGCAUAGCAGGUGACCAAGUCAGAAAACUUAUCCCCAUCUAGCCAGCCUGGCACCACAGGAUAUCUCCACGAAUGUGUGUGUGUGUGUGUGUGUGUGUGUGUGUGUGUGUGUCUCCAUCCAGAGCGAAGGUGUAGGAGCCCAGGUUCAAGGUGACUUAGUGCUUUCUGAAACCUGCCGGGGGUUCUGGGAAUUUUCGCUCUGCCCCUGAGAAGCCAGCCCCACCCAGCCAGAUCCAGUCUCCUGUGCAGAGCUAGAGUGACCCUGGGAGGGAGGGAUGAACUCCCGGAGGGAAGAAAGGCACUCUUGGGACUGGCAAGUAGUCAGGUACUUUACUAUGAAGAGUUAAAGGCAUGUGACUUUAUUUGUACCUUCAAUUGCUGAGGCAGCUGUAACUUGCAUCUGUAUAGAGUUUAUAGUUUGCAAAGGGCAUUCCCCAGGAUUAGUUGUCACAUAUGAUCCUGUCUUUGUGGGCAAGACUGGUAUCAUUUACUCAUCCCUUCAAAAAAUACAUAUUGAGGCUGCCAGGCAUGGUGGCUUAUGCCUGUAAUCCUAGCACUUUGGAAGGCCAAGGUGGGUGGAUCACUUGAGGUCAGGAGUUCGAGACCAGCCCAGCCAACAUGGUGAAACUAAAAAUACAAAAUUAGCUGGCAUGGUGAUGUGCAUCUGUAGUCCCAGCUAUUCAGGAGGCUGGGGCAGGAAAAUCUCUUGAACCCAGGAAGUAGAGGUUGUAGUGAGCUGAGAUCAUGCCACUGCAUUCCAGCCUGGGCAACAGAACGAGACUUGAGGGUGGAAAAAAAGAAAAAACAAAAUACAAAAAAUAUGUAUUGAGCACUAACUAUGUGGUACAGUCUGUGCUGGCCGCAGGGGAGGUGACAAUGAAUAAAAGCAGCAUUGGUCUUUGCCCAUUUCCAUGCUAUCAUUAUGUCAUUAUUUAAUCAGCCUCUUCAAGUAAAACCUUGGGUUCUUUCUAAUCUUUUGCAACUGCAAACAAAUCUGUGACCUCGUGCAAAGUCAUUCAUCUGUAGGAUAAAGCCCCAGAGUGAGAUUGCAUGCUGAAAGGGUCCAUGCCUGUCUGAAGCCUCUGAGCACUGUUGGCAUGCCCGCUGGCAGUGUAUGAACAUGCCUCCUUGCUCACAGCCUUGCCAAAGAAAUGUGUCUGUUAAGUGUUUUGGAUUUUCGCUAAUCAGAUAGAUAAGUGAGAGAUGCUAUCUGAGCAUGUCAAUUUGCAUUUCUCUUACUUAUAAAAAGAUCCUUGCUCUUGGUUACUUGUUUAGAGGUCAUAGUCUGUAUGUGUCUGAAUUGUUUUUGGCCCAUUAUCUUUUGGGAUGUUGAUCUUCUUAUUGAUUUCUGGGAGCUCUUUACAUAUUAGAAAAUUUUGAGGGCCGGGCAUGGUGGCUCACACCUAUAAUCCCAGCACUUUGGAAGGCCGAGGCAGGUGGAUCAUGAGGUCAAGAGAUAGAGACCACCCUGGUCAACAUGGUGAAACCCCAUCUCUACUAAAAAUAUAAAAAAUUAGCUGGGCACGGUGGUGCAUGCCUAUAAUCCCAGCUACUCAGGAGGCUGAGGCAGGACAAUUGCCUGAACCUAGGAGGCGGAGGUUGCAGUGAGCCGAGAUCGUGCCAUUGCACUCCAGGCUGGGUAACAAGAGCGAAACUCCAUCUCAAAAAAAACAAAACAAAAAAAAUUAGCUGGGCAUGGUGGUACACGCCUGUAGUCCCAGCUGCUCGGGAGGCUGAGGCAGGAGAAUUGCUUGAACCCAGAAGGCGGAGGUUGCGGUGAGCCGAGAUCGCGCCAUUGCACUCCAAUCUGGGUAACAACAGCAAAACUCGGUCUCAAAAAAAAAAUUUUUGACUUACGUGAUGUGAGCUGCAUUUAGGAGGUCUCAGGUUGUGACUUCCGUUUUGACUUUCUUCUUCUUUUUUUUUUUUUCUUUUUUGAGACAGGCUUGCUGUGUCACCCAUGCUGGAGUGCAGGGGUGUGAUCUUGGCUCACUGCAACCUCCACCUCUCAGGUUUAAGCAAUUCUCCUGCCUCAGCCUCCGGAGUAGCUAGGAUUACAGGUGUGCAAGACCAAACCUGUCUAAUUUUUUUUGUAUUUUUAGUGGAGACAGGGUUUUGCUAUGUUCCCAGGCUGAUCUCGAUUUCCUGAGUUCAAGCCAUCCACCUGCCUCGGCCUCCCAAAGUGCUAGGAUUACAGGCAUGAACCACAAGUCUGCAUUGCUUUAUUUUAUUUAUUUCGAGAAGAGUCUUGCUCUGUUGCCCAGGCUGGAGUGUAAUGGCUCUAUCUUGGCUCACUGGAGCCUCCCGCUAAGGGCUCAAGCGAUCCUCCCACCUCAGUCUCUCAAGCAUCUGGGUCCACAGGUCCAUGCCACCAUGCUCCACUAGUUUUUGUAUUUUUUUAUAGAGAUGGGGUUUUACCAUGCUGUCCAGGCUGGUCUUGAACUCCUGGGCUCAAGCAAUCUGCAUGCCUCAGCUUCCUAAAGUGCUGGGAUUACAGGUGUGGGACACUGCACCUGUAACCCAGCCUCACAUAGAUAUUUAACAUCUUUUGUUAAGUUUAACCCUGAGUGUUGUGGCCAUUGUUUAAGUGGGUUCUUCUCUUUUAUCAUAUAUUCUAAUGACUGGUUUAUAUUCGUGUGUGUUUAUACUACCAUCUUCCAGUAUGCUUUAGUUUUACUUUUUUAGUGAUUUAUCUUGACUUUUCCAGGUAUACAAUAAUAUCAUAUGAAAAUCGCAAUAGUUUUAACUAUUUCUAUUGGGUUUUCUUUCUCUUGUCAAAUUCCUCUGAUGAAUACAUCCAGUGUAGUGAUGGUGGUGGCAGUAUCUGUGCUUUCCCUGAGUUUACUAUUAGUGCCUAGGUAUGAAACUGUGUAUUUGGGCCGGGCAUGGUGGGUCAUGCCUGUAAUCCAAGCACUUUGGAGGCCAAGGCAGGCGGAUCACCUGAGGUUAGGAGUUCAAGACCAGCCUGACCAACACGGUGAAACCCCGUCUUAAAAAAAAAAAAAAAGGUAAAAGAACCGAGAGAAGAUCCAAGAUGGCCGAUCACUAACAGCUCAGGAUUGUAGCUCCCAGAGAAAGCUCAGAGAACGAGACGACGCCACACUUUUAGACGAAUUUUCGUCACUCACGGAUCAGCCGAUUCCCAGUGGAGGAGCCCCACGGGUCGCCAGCGCGACUCUUGUGGCCGCCGCAGCGGUUUUGCCAGUGCCUCGGCGCAGCAGCUCUUCAUGCAGAGCCAACAGGACUGCUUCCCCUACUGACUGGAGUUUGGAGCUCCGGGAAGUCAGAGCCGCUUGUUGCGGACUCAAGAGGGAAGCCAGACCAGAGAUUCCCGGGCAGAAGUGCACCAUCAGUUUUAUCGCUGCUAUUUAGGCCGCCACAGUGGGUGGCUCAGAUCCCAGCACCGGGAAUCAAUAAAUCGGACGUCGACUCAGAAACCUAAUUAGAAAGGCGGUUCAUCUACAAUGAAGGGAAAAAAACAGCCUAAGAAGGCCGAGUAUACUCAAAAUCAGAACCCAUCAGCAACGAACAAGCCCUAAUGUAAAAGGACUCAUCAGCAACCGAACAAGCCCUGAUGGAAAAGGACUCAUCAGUAACGGAAUAAGCCCUGAUGGAAAAGGACUCAUCAGCAGCAGAACAAGCCCUGAUGGAAAAGGACUCAUCAGCAGCAGAACAAGCCCUGAUGGAAAAGGACUGUGUUCCAUUAUCUGAAGUAGGCUUUAAAAGGUGGAUGAUAAGAAACUUCUGGGAGUUAAAGGAACUUGUUCUAACCCAAUGUAAAGAAACUAAGAACUUUGAAAAAAGGUUCGAUGAAAUGAUGAAAAGAAUAGACAAUAUAGAGAGGAAUACAAAUGAACUUAUGGAGUUGAAAAACACAACACGAGAACUUAGUGAAAUAUGUACAAGCUUAAAUAGCCGAAUGGAUCAAGCAGAAGAAAGGAUAUCAGAGGUUGAAGACCAAUUUAAUGAAAUAAAACGACAAGACAAGAAUAGAGAAAAAAGGAUAAAAAGGAAUGAGCAAAGUCUUCAAGAAAUAUGGGACUAUGUGAAAAGACCUAAUAUAUGCUUGAUUGGUGUACCUGAAUGUGACGGAGAGAAUGAAUUCAAGCUGGAAAAUAUUCUUCAGGAUAUUAUCCAGGAAAAGUUUCCAAAUUUAGCAAAGCAGGACACUAUUCAACCCCAGGCAAUACAGAGAACCCCACAAAGAUAUUCCUCAAGAAGACCAACCCCAAGGCACAUAAUCGUUAGAUUCAUCAGGAUCAAAACGAAGGAGAAAAUAUUAAGGGCAGCCAGAGGGAAAGAUCAGGUUACCCAUAAAGGGAAGCCUAUUAGGCUUACAGCAGAUCUCUCAGCGGAAACCCUACAUGCUAGAAGAGAGUGGGGGCCAAUAUUCAAUAUACUUAAAGAACAGAACUUUCAGCCCAGAAUUUCAUAUCCUGCCAAUUUAAGCUUUACAAUUGAAGGAAAAAUAAAAUCUUUUAGGAACAAGCAAGUACUCAGAGAUUUUAUUACCACCAGGCCUGCUUUACAAGAACUUCUAAAAGAAGCAUUAUACAUAGAAAGGAACAGCCAGUAUUAGCCUUUCUAAAAAUACACCAAAAAGUAAAGAGCAUUAACAUAAAGAAGAAUUUACAUCAAUGAAAGGAUAAAAUAGCCAGUUAAUAUCAAAUGGCAGUAACCCUAAAUUUCAAUCGACUAAAUCCCCCAAUCAAAAGAUACAGACAAAAUCUAACAGUAUAUCUAAAGAUAUACAAAGACUCAAAAUAAAGGGUUGGAAAAAAACUUACCAAUUAAAUGGAGAGCAAAAAUAAAUAAAUAAAAAGUAGGAGUUGCAAUUCUCACAAUUAAUAAAAUAGAUUUCAAAGCUACAAGGAUACAAGGGUAAAAGGAUUAAUGUAAUAAUAAAAGAUCUUAACACCCAGAUACAUAAGACCCAUAAUGAGAUUUAGAUUCAACGAGACAGAAAAUUGAUAACGAUAUCCAGGACUUGAACUCAGAGCCAGAACAAAUAAACUCAAUAGAGCUCUCCAUUUUAAACACACAAAAUAUACAUUAUCCACUUUAAACACACAAAAUAUUGAUCGGCCAUUAUUGAUACCCAUUUUAGGAAUGAAGUAAUAUUUCUUUUUCCCUCUUUUUCUCUUUUUCCCUCUUUUUUUCCUCUUUCCCUCUUUUUCUUUCUCUUUCUUCUAAAAAAAAAAAAAGAACCAAAAUUAGAAUCCUGGCCUUUUACUUUCAUAAGAUACAAUAGAGUUAACCCUUUCAGCUAGGUACUUUAUAGAAUGAUGAUAUCAGACAAAUGUUUUUCAGAUAUGAAGAGCUUUAUUGCAUCAAUGCUGCAAAAUGUGCUGCAUGGCAUUCGUGUCUGGAAAAUGUAAUAAAAAAAUAAAAAAAAAAGGAAACUAUAUUUGUACUCUCUGGAGUAUGAAGCUGGUUCCUGGCUUCUGUGUUAAUCUGUAUGAUUUUGUUUAAGAAGUCUGUUUUUUAAUGUCACUGGGGAUGAUGAUUUUUCUGCUUAGAUCUAUUAAUAUGGGCCGGGCGCGGUGGCUCAAGCCUGUAAUCCCAGCACUUUGGGAGGCCGAGGUGGGUGGAUCACGAGGUCAAGAGAUCAAGACCAUCCUGGUCAACAUGGUGAAACCCCGUCUCUACUGAAAAUACAAAAAAUUAGCUGGACAUGGUGGCACGUGCCUGUAAUCCCAGCUACUCAGGAAGCUGAGGCAGGAGAAUUGCCUGAACCCAGGAAGUGGAGGUUGCGGUGAGCCGAGAUUGCGCCAUUGCACUCCAGCCUGGGUAACAAGAGCGAAACUCCGUCUCAAAAAAUAGAAAAGAUCUAUUAAUAUGAUGAAUUAUAUUCAUGAUUUCCUAAUAAUAUUGAACCAUCCUUGCAUUCUUUGAAUAAACCCCACCUGCAUUCCUGAAUCACCCCAUUUAUUUUUAUUUUUUAAUUUUUUAUUUUUUGAGACAGAGUCUUCCUGUGUUGCCCAGGCUGGAAUGCAUUGGUGCAGUCUUGGCUCACUGCAACCUCCGCCUGCCAAGCUCAAGCAAUUCUUGUGCCUUGGCCUCCUGAGUAGCUGAUACUACAGUUGUACGCCACCACACUGGCUUACAUUUUUGUGUUUUUAGUAGAGAUGGGUUUUUUGUCAUGUUGGCCAGGCUAGUCUCGAACUCUUGGCCUCAAGUGAUCCGCCUGCCUCAGCCUCCCAAACUGCUGGGAUUACAGGCAUGAGCCACCGCAUCUGGUCUCCAUUUAAUUGUAAUCUGCUGCUAUUCUAUUUGCUUAUAUUUUACUUUGGAUUUUUGCAGUAAUGUUCCUAAGUGAAAUUGGUCAGAAGGAUAUUUGUGAAGCCAUUGGUUUAAGUAUUUGCU